AUGGACAAGUAUGUUGACCUUUGCCAUUUGUUUGGGUAAGUUUAGAGCUCCCUUCACUUCACCAGUCCCUACAGUAAGUCAUAUUCAUGUGCUGAAAUCAACCAAAAUAUGAACCAAAUAUAAUCAUGGGCACAGAUUCAGAAAGUAGAAGAUGGUGUUGGUAUGCAGCCAGUGGUUAAAGCUAAGUUUGAGCUUUUGACCAUAAUAUCUAUAUUUUUUUUUUAGCAAUAAAUUCAAGCAUUGAAGUAAUACACUGGAAAGUCAUUGUGACUAAAAAAUAUAAUCAAGGUGAAUUCAAACUUUUUAAUAGCUAAAAAAUGUAAAGAUCACUUUAAAAGUGACAAAUUUAAUCCACAGUCACUAAUGUGAGCUUUUAAACUGUUAUCAUCACUUGAAGUUUUAGAGAAAGUAUCCCUUUGAAGGAAUACACUUUCAUACCAGCCAGUUUCCAAUUAUUGUUGUCGAGUUAUCGGUAAUGUUAGUCUGGUAUGGCAGGCGCAAAAAAGCUUAGAUCAGAGAGGGGCCAUGUUUCCACUGUAAUAUGUAGUUACAACUGCUGAUCAGUGGUGUCAAAUGGCAAAACAGAUAAAAACUCCAAUAGUUUGGAGAGAGAAAUGAAAGGUCAAGUAUACAGCAGUGACGGUCCUGUCAGUUGUUUUUGCUUGCUCACGUUCAGUCUGAAAAACUUCUAAUGAACAUUCACUCGAUCAGUCUGUUACUCUCACAAAGUAACACAUAUACAAAACAUUUACAAAAAAACGAGUGAUAAACUAUUUACUAAGUCAAUUAUGGACACUUUUAAAUAUAGAUUUUUUUCCCCCUUUCAUUAGACUUCCUGUGUGGAUCGCAUCAUUGCUCAAUGCUGCCAAAUGCCGAAAAAAUGACUGUGCCCGCCGGAAGAAGGCAUACAGGCUUCUACAGAGGACACUGGUUAGUGCUGAUUUCUGAACCCACUUUCAGAGUUAAGCUGGUGUAAAGUGAUGGAGCUACAAAAAAGACUGGAUUGUCGGCUGAAGUUGAUGAAAGAUGUAGACCCAUGGAUCUUGAAUUUGACCAAAACCAGUUUGUUUCCCUCGUUUCGUAUUUUAGAGCCGUCCUAUCUUGCCUAGUGCUUUACAAAGCAGUCCCUGCCAUCAGUGUAUGAACAUGAUGUAAAUGGGUGAAUGUAAAAUGUAAUGUGUAAGUGCUUUGCUACAAUCUAAUACAGUCUCAGUUUUUACUAUUUUACAUCAACUUUAUGUUAUUUUUAUUGAAGAUAAAGCACAGGAUCGGUGUAGAAGAUGGGAACCUGCGUCAACCCACCUAUGUUUACCCCAAGGAGGUGAAAAUGUUGAUUCGCUCUGCCUUCUCAAAGAACGUCUGUGACUACCCCGACCCCUGCCAUGAUCAGGUGACUUCAGUAUGAACCUCUACUGGCUGUGAUACAAGGUUAUAGUGUAAUGUCAUACUCUGUAAAAGACACCACAUCUUCACAAUGGUACAGGGGAAAUCACCAAAUACUUAGAUAUAUAAAUAAAGUAUCUUUGUAUGUCACUCAAAGUACGCAGUAAUGAUGCUCAACUCUGUUGUGUUUCAGGUGGUUAAUAUAACCAUGGAUGAUCUACACAAAGUUGAAAUCCAGUGA